CAGGUCUUCUCUCCUUGUCCUCCACGGCCACGACGGCGACGAACGCUUGCCGAUGUCUGACAACGGCCCCUCCGACGACGUAGUCCCACCGCCUGAAGGAGUGCACAGACGUCAUGGGAGCCCGGUCGUCGCGUUCAUUAUAGGACUGGCGAUCAUUCUGCUCGCGAGCAUCCUGAACGCGGCGGGACUCAAUCUUACCAAGUUAGACCAUGUGCGUACAAGUCAUGUACCCAAAGCGCAACGAAGGAAGGACUGGAUGCGACCAUUAUGGUUGCUCGGCAUGUUGUUGUAUAUAUUGUCCCAGCUUAUAGGAUCUACGCUCGCACUAGAGUAUAUGCGUGCAGAAUAUGUCGCGCCUCUUGGGUCCACGUCCCUCAUCUUCAACUUCCUGUUUGCGCGUUUCCUUGUUGGCACACCAGUAACGUCUACUGACAUCUAUGGCACCGUCACGAUCAUCCUUGGCGUCAUUGGCAUCGUCGCCUUUGGCAGCAUCAACUCUGGCCUUGCUGAAGGCACGGAUGUGGACAGCCUUACACACCUCUGGCGACGCGGAGGCUGGCUUGGCUACUUCUUCGUCAUGGCUAUCUCCCUCAUCUUCCAUCUCAUCUGCACCGACCGCCUCGACCGCCUUCUCGUCUCGCGCAACGAGAUCUCGACCUCCCCCCGCCCACCUCCCACGAACCCGAACGGCGGCAAUGCUAUCGUACGAGCGUUCCGCUCGGUCAUGGCAUUCUGGACGUACAUCAUGACGAUGCUCACGUACUAUCUCGAAGUAUGGACGGCUACAAAGGACGACAAGCUGAUUGCGUGGACGCUGGGCAUCGGUUGGGCGUGCGCAGGCGGCGGACUUGCUGGCCUGUGUCUGGUCUUCGCCAAAGCGACCGUCAAACUUCUCUCCGGCUCGCUUUCGCACGAGAACACUGGUAACCAGUUCGGACACGCUGCGCCCAUCUUCACGAUCAUUCUCCUCGCUUGCACGGCCGUCAUGCAAAUCAUAUGCUUGAACAAGGGUCUGAAGGUAUAUGAGUCAACACUGGUCGUUCCUGUAUUCUACGGUGUCUACACUGCAUCUGGCUUCCUUGACUCGUUGAUCUUCAAUAACGAGGUUGACGCGUAUCAGCCAUGGACGCUGUUCCUCAUCUUUGUGGCUAUCCUCAUCUUGAUCUCGGGUGUCGUCCUCCUCACCCACAAGAAGCCCGAGGUGCCGGACGCUAGCAAGGUCGCAGCUGAGGCGCGCCCGCGUCCCAAGCGCCCUCGGAGCAAGAAGGUCGAUGACGAGGAAGCACAGAGCCUUGCUGAGGAUGACAAUCCCGAGGCCGGCGAGCAGCACGUCCUGUGGACAGUCGGCGAGCCUAGCGACGAUGAUCUGGGCGAGGACGAUGAUGUCGACCACCACCAAAAUCCCCUGCGCCACGCAGAGGACGAGCACCGCGGCAAGGGCAUCAACGCGGGCGGUGCGAGUGGGAGCGGGGAUGUGGAGGCUGUCGGGCUGCUCAGCAGCGGCAUUGGCCCGUAUGGGGUGAACAGUGCCGCGCGCAGCCGGUCGGCGAGCUUGAUCGACGAGCCGCUGGAGGAUGGGGAAAACCAGUUCGGCGAGUGGAAGGCCGCGCAGGAAGACGAGGGGCAACGGACACCGACCGUGGCAAGGCACUAAGCCGGGACUGGUCGUUCAGUGCUUGACUUUCGUAUUCCCCGCACGCCUGGUAUACUUAUCCUUUGAUAUUAGCGCUCCUGCCCGUCGACCUGGCGCCCUCGCUCACCGACUUGCUCCUUCCCGUUCCUCGUCCACUUCCUGCUGCAUUCACGACAGACGCAUCUUCCCUGGAACUCAACACCCCCAUCUACACGCCCAUGUACAUACUUGAUAUUGUCGCAUCGCACGCUAAUGUCCACGAUACCACACAGAAUCUGGAACAUCGCAAUGUACCAUAUACCACCACAAUAGUACCUACCUAAUGUUCAGCCGUUCAUUCUGUUCUAGACGAACAUGCCGUGUGUUUCGCGAAAGCCGAAUCAAGCAUCCA